AUGGACUUGCGGAGAUCGAGACUUUACGUUAAAGGGAGAAUAUUAAAGACUGACGGCACUGCCCUCGCAUCGCAGGAAAAAACAAGCAUUGUCAAUUUACCAUUACAGAGCAUAUGGUCUCAAGUGGAUACAUAUAUGAAUGGAAAAUUGGUGUCGCUCAACACCAAUAAUUACCCAUGGAAGGCCUAUCUUAAGGUCCUGUUAUCCAGUGGUGAGGACGUGACACAGUCCCAACUUCAAUCUCAACUGUAUUAUCAGGACGGCUACGACAUGGACGAUCCCGAUGCUGCUACAGGAUCAAACGUUGGUUUGAUAUACAGAUACGAUUAUACACAGAAAAGUCGGGUAUUUGACAUGGAGGGACCCUUAUAUGAAGACAUAUUUAGGUUGGACAAGUACCUCGUGAAUGGAGUCGACUUACAUCUGAAACUAUUUCGUAACAGAGCUCCGUUUGUGAUAAUGAGUGGUGAGGACAGUCCAGCAUACAAGUUUGAAAUACUCGACGUGGCAUUCAAAGCUUGCAUGGUCAGGGUUGAUAGUGGCGUUCUCAUCAAUCAUGCCGCAAUACUCAAGGAGGUUACGGCAAAGUACCCUCUGACGAGAACUGAAGUAAAGAUGAACACGAUCUCCUCAGGGAUGGGUACGAUCAUCUGGCAGAACGUCUGGUCCAACAAUUUACCUACAAAAGUGUAUUUCGCUUUUGUCAAACAGACGGCAGUGAACGGAGAUUACACUAAAAAUUCGUUCAAGUUCUUGAACCUUGCGCAAGAAAUCGGUCUGUACGUUAACGGAGAAAGCAUACCUGCUCGCCCCAUUAAAAUGGACGUAGGAGACAACAGAAAUUACGUCACACCAUUUGUCAACCUUUUUGAAGUAGCCGAGAAAUGGAACGAUGAUUCGGGACUCACGAUUACUAGAGAAAACUUUAAUCAAGGAUUUACGGUUUAUGGGUUUACUCUCACACCCUGUGGACUUGGAGAGGAAUAUAUAAACCUGGUCAGACAGGGAAGUGUCAGACUCGAGGUGAAGUUUGCGAGUAACACCACGGAAACCCUAAAUUGUGUAGCUUAUGCAGAAUUUCCAGCUCUCAUAGAGAUCGACCAGACAUCAAAUAUACACAAGUAUGAACACGGAACAACUAAAGUGUGCCAUGAAGGAAAUGAAACUUUCCGUCAAUCAUGGUGUUUAUUCUAG